AUUGUUGGCAGUGCCAUAAUUACAGCAUGUGAUCGCGCUUGCGAAAGACAGUUUAGGUCUCUGGAAUACACAGAAGAACCGCAGUGAGUCAGAUAUACCACUAUGUCGUCAUUCAGUGUUAUUGCGUCAUUUCCGGAGGAUCAUUUCCAGUGCCCGAUCUGUCUGGAGGUCUUCAGCGACCCAGUCACCACUCCUUGUGGUCACAACUUCUGCAAGACCUGCCUGAGCAAGCAGUGGGAAAAUAGCGAUAUAUGCAGCUGCCCGAUGUGUAACAAGCGAUUCCACGUGAGGCCCGAGAUCUCCACAAACACGGUCAUCGAGGAGAUUUCCGUCCGGAUAAAGAGGAGGAAAAUCGAGACGCCCGAGAGCGUCAACGCGCCGUGGAAGGUGAAGUGCGACGUCUGCACAGAGAUGAAGCUCAAGGCCCUGAAGUCCUGCCUGGUGUGUCUGACGUCGUACUGCGAGGCCCACCUGGAGCCCCACCAGAGAGUUCCCUCCCUGAUGAGGCACAAGCUGGUCGACCCGCUGGAGAACCUGGAGGAGAGGAUUUGCGAGAAGCAUGAGAAGAUCCUGGAGCUCUUCUGCAGGGAUGAUCAGGCGUGCAUCUGUCUGCUGUGCAGCGAGACGGACCACAAGUACCACGAGACGGUGCCCGUCGAAGAAGAAGGGGCUCAACAGAAAGAAGGUGUUGAGUCCAAGAAAGCAAAGAUCAAAUUGAUGAUUGAGGACAGAAUGGAAAAAAUAAAGGAAUUCACAGACGCCUCUGAAAUGAGCAGAGAAAAAGCAAUCGACGAGAUUGCUGACAGUGAAACGCUCUUUAAUACUCUGAUCCGUCAUGUGCAAGUGUCACAAAAUAAACUUAAAGCAAAUAUCGAUAAGAAGCUGAGAAAAUCGCAGGAGAAGGACAAGGCGAUGAUUGAAGAGCUGCAGGAGGAGAUCGCCCAACUGCAGAAGAAGCACUCCGAGCUGGAGGAGCUAUCACAAAGUGACGACCACCUUCACCUCCUGCAGACUCUGCAGGCCUUGAGCACCAUAUCAGACACCAAGGACUGGUCUAAGAUCAGGGUUUACUCAGACCUGUGUGUGCAGACGCUGAGGAGAGCCAUGACUCAUCUUGUUCACACUUUCCAAUCAGAACUGAAAACUCUAACAGACACAGAGCUGACCAGGAUGAAACAAUACAAUGAGUCGGUGACCUUUGAUCCAGCGACGGCUGGUUGUUUCCUUGUGGUGUCUGAAUUGGGGAAACGUUUGAAGUACAACAAAACUGCGGACCCUUCGUCUUCUGAUGACUCAGAGAGGUUCCACUGUCCAAUGGUUCUAGGGACGAAGGGCUUCACAUCUGGGCGUCACUACUGGGAAGUCCAGGUGGGCCUGAGAAACAACUGGGAUGUUGGUGUUGCCAGGGAGGCAGUCAACAGAAAAGGGAUCGUCCCAGUGAACAGAGAAAAUGGCUUCUUUGCCAUAGCAAAGAGCGGGUUUGAUUAUAAAGUUCAUUGUAAACCCUACAAGGUCCUUCACCUGUGUCCCAGGCCAAGAAAUAUAGGAGUCUAUGUGGACUAUAAUGAAGGCAGAGUCUCGUUCUAUGAUGCGGAUAGGAAGUUGCACAUUCAUUCCUUCACAGGAGAGUCUUUCAGUGAGAAGAUGUUCCCGUACUUCUAUCUUCACAGCGCCGCCAGGAAAUCUGAGCCUUUGGUUAUUAGAUCCAUGUAAGAUCCCUCAUCUUUUCCUUCCUCUCAUCGACUCACUCCAACAAACUAAAGAGUGACUGAAAAGUUUAAAGUUGCUGUGAGGUCAGAAGUCACAGCUCUUAUAAGAUUAAACCGUUCAAAACCCACCAAACAUCAUAAAAGACGCAUUGUCAAGUAAUCCGAUAGAACUCUUUUAAGUGAACGAUUUUUAAAUUGUCAACCGUUCCAUUCUUGCAUGCAGUGUUUCCAGUUAAGCAAAUUUUAAGCAAGAUUUGUUGGCUUUUAGAGUGAAAAACAUCUAGAUUUACACUCAUUAAUCCCUUACUGUAUGUAGUAAGGUAGUUGGCCUUGUGAUUUUGGUUUUAAUAAUGCUAAAGAAGACACCACCCUCCAAACUCUUCAAUUGUUGAGCGCGUCUUCGCAGACUUCAUGAUUCACACGACGACAACAAGUGGAGAAACUCGAAGUUCAGUCCAAAGUUUGCUGUUACGAGGAGGGGUUUAGAAAACAGUCAAUUCACGACAUUUCUGUUUUUGUUUUAAGCAGUUCUCUUUAUACAUGUAUGGGUCCUUGGGGAACACGGUCAAAAGCACCCAACUCCUCCUAUGCACUUUUGAUAGAUGGCAGAGGACCUUAAUCAAAUGUCUUGAGAAGAAAGGAGUUCACAUUUUGCCAUGAUGGUUGUUUACUACAGUAGUUUAUUCAUUCGUUAGUCCUUGCAUGUUAAAUAUGUCGGAUGAUGAGGUCAAUAAAAUGAAUGCUCCUUAUCAGGUGAUUAUGUAAUCAUCUACAGUUGAACUGAUUUUACAAUGCUGUCAAGACACAACAAGUUGUCUCUUUUUUAUUUGAAUUUUCCAUGAACAUAUGACUAAUUAAUUUAAAUAAAGGUGAAAGAACUUAUUGACUGUGUAUUUGCAUUAUUAUAGUGGUUUUUGUUGCCCUUUUUUAGAGCUGCGGCUGAUUUGUCAUGAGGAAAAUAAUCAUCCUGCUUUAUCAGGUGUG